AUGUGGAUACCAUGUGGCAGCAUAUGGCACCCCAUUGAUCAAGUCAGCCAUUACAGAUAAAAGAAACGUUGUGCCCGUCUUAGCACCUAAUGUUGCAGUUGUAAAGCUUGCAGAUAACUACUACUUUCCUCUUGUCCUCGUAUUGCAAAAGAGUUCUUGGCAUCUUCUUUUUCUGAGAUAAGGAUUCCCCAUUUCGUCUUAUAGUAGUUUAUGGGUAAAAGCAGUCGGUAAUUGGAAACCUUUGUCACUGGAACCUAAAAACUAAUGACAUGCCAGACUGUACUUGCCAAACCGUGUUUUCCUGAGCCCAUCACCUCUUAUUGGUUCGCAUAUGCACAUGUAAUUUACGUCAGACGUGAUGUUAGAGAGCAAAACAACAGUUGUUGUAGGUUAUGUUUUAUGCCCUUUUUUUCACCAAGGAAUGCGUGCUUUUUCGUUUGGCUUUAUCUGUUCAAAUCGUUAGGAGUCAGGAACAACUGUUUCUUGAAAGAUGAAUGCGACGUGCCUCAUCCCAUCAUUGACUCCGUCGUUGCUUAUAUAGCAACGCCAAUUACUAAGCCAAACCACACUUUAGCAACAUGAACCCAAAAAUGCCCAAAAGAAGUCUUCACUGUCUUUUCUUUCUUCUUCUCCUUACUGUAGCUUAUGCUAAACUUCGGGUCGACCAUUACCGACACUCAUGCCCGAAUGUUGAAGCAAUCGUCCGCUCUGCAGUUAAACAAAAAUUCCAGGAGACAUUUGUGACAGCUCCUGCCACUCUUCGGCUCUUCUUCCACGACUGCUUUGUCCGGGGUUGUGAUGCUUCGGUAAUUUUGGCUACAAGAAAUCACACAUCAGAGAAGGAUAAUGCAGAUGAUCUUUCACUAGCUGGGGAUGGGUUUGACACAGUGAUGCAAGCCAAAGCUGCAGUUGAUAGUGUGCCCCAGUGCAGGAAUAAGGUUUCAUGUGCUGAUAUAUUGGCCAUAGCCACUAGGGAUGUUGUUGCUCUGACAGGGGGACCGACAUAUGCUGUAGAAUUGGGAAGACUUGAUGGCAGGAUAUCUACCAGAGCUAGCGUCCGGCACCACCUCCCUCAUCCUGACUUUAAAUUGGACAAACUCCAUUCUUUGUUUAAGUCACAUGGUCUCUCCAAAACAGAUCUAAUCGCACUAUCAGGAGCACAUACUAUCGGGUUUGCACACUGCAGCCUGUUCUUCAAUCGGAUCCACAAUUUCGAAAGCAGCAACAGAAUGGAUCCAACACUUGAUCCGGCAUAUGGAAAGUAUCUCCGAGAAGUUUGCCCCAAAAAUAUAGACCGCAGAAUUGUCAUUGACAUGGACCCAAACACACCUCGAAAAUUUGAUAACAUGUACUACAAGAACCUUCAGCAAGGGAUGGGUUUAUUCACCUCCGAUCAAUCUUUGUUUACUGACAAGAGAUCGAGAAAAAUUGUGAACCUAUUUGCUUCCAACAACGAAGCCUUUGAACAAGCUUUUGUUGCCGCCAUUACUAAGCUUGGGCGGGUGGGGGUCCGGACUGGAAACCAAGGUGAGAUUAGGCACAAUUGUGCUAUGGUGAACUAGAUGAUAUCUUUUGUGUGUAAGAUUUGUACGCCCGAAAACAUUCUACACCUAAUUUGUAGAUUUUAUCUGAUCAUUUUGCAAUGAUAUUAAUAUUGAAAGCA